CCGUGUUUCCGGUAGCGACUUUCUAUGGCGGCUGUGGCUUCCUGGAGAAGUUUAAAACUUACAAUAUGACAGAAAAUAUGGCAAGAAAUACCUCAAAUAUGCGACUUUUCUAACAACAAGAAACGGAAGUUGAAUUUGGAGCGAUGGAGUGUUUCCUGAAGUGAAGAUUGAAGACGUGAUAGAAGAUGGACGACUACUGCUAUGCUAAGUUGGCGAAAUCACCAACGGAGAAAAAGACGAAAACUGCAGAUAAAUACAUCCAGCAGCUGACUGGUCAUCCAGAAGAACUUUCCACUCCGUUGCCGGCUGGGAGAUCCACUUUGAAGCAGGAGACUCCACCACCACCCUGCAUUAAAAAGGAAGAGGAGGAACUCUGCAUCACUCAGGAGGGAGAGUGUCUUCUAGGACGAGAGGAAGCUGUUAACACCAAGUUGCCACUGACUGUUGUCUCUGUGAAGACUGAAGAUGGUGAAGAGAAACCCCAUGCAGACAACCUUUUAACUUCACUUUCAGAUAGUGAGGCUGAAGACGAGGUUGAAGUAACUUUGAGCAGCGAUACAGACUGUGAAGGUGAUAUGAGGACUCACACUGACAACAAACACUCUAAACGCUCUAAAAAGAAGAGAGGUAAAACGCAUUUGAGCUGCUCAGUUUGUGCGAAAAGCUUCACCAAAAAGUACAAUUUCACUCAACACAUGAGAACACACACAGGAGAGAAACCAUUUAAAUGUUCAGUUUGUAGUAAAAGCUUUUCUCAAAAUAGCAUUUUGACUGUACACAUGAAAACACACACAGGAGAAAACAAAUUUAAUUGCUCAGUUUGUGGGAAAAGCUUUUCGACAAUGAGCUAUUUGACUGAACACAUAAGAAGAACACACACAGGAGAUCAAACAUUUCAUUGUUUCGUUUGUGGCAAACUCUUUACCCCAAUGUGCAAUGUCACUCAACACAUGAGAACACACACUGGCCAAAAACCAUUUAUUUGCUCAGUUUGUGGUAAAAGCUUUUCUCGAAACAGCUAUUUGAUUCCACACAUGAGAACACACACAGGAGAAAAACCAUUUAACUGUUCAGUGUGCCGUAAAAGCUUUUCUGUAAAGUGCAAUUUGACCGAACACAUGAGAACACACACACAAGAGAAAAAACAUUUAGUUGUUCAGUCUGUAGUAGACACUUUUUUUCCAGGCAUGGUUUGACCAAUAUAGGAGGAAACACACAGGAGAAAAACAUUAGGUUGUUCAGUUUGUAGUAAAAGAAUCCAACAUAAUGCAGACAGAGUAAGAACACACAUGGGAGAGUAACCAAUCAGCUGUUAAGUUUGUGGUAUGGUGCUCAUAUGUGGCGACCCAAGGCCUCCUUAAAUAUCUCUGUGAAAUGUAUCCAAUUUGUUAUUAAACAGUUUUUCAACAAUUUUAGAAAAUUGUGUAAGUAAAGAAGCAGGUGUAUGAUUUGUAAAUCGGUGUUUGUCUCCAGUCUAAUAAAUCGGGAAUUUUUUUUUGCUAUUUUCAUUUUGUUUGGGAAUUUGCCUGUUUGAAAUGAUAGGUUAUUGAUCUACGUUAAUGGU